AUGCCUCCCGCGCAGCUUCAUCCGGGAGCGCCCCAGGUGGUCGCUCCGGCGCCUGCGGUCCCUAUUCAGUCGCCACCGCCUUCGGAGCUGAUGGACGUCGACCCCUCAGCCGGGCCGCCUUCCCAAGCGGUGGCUGUGCAGCCUGUCCUGCAGCCGCUUUCCUUGGGCACCCCCAAGGAGUCUGACACCGCAGCGCCUUGUCCGGCGCCCACUCAGCAGCCGUCGACGCAGCGUCAGGAGACGCUGCCUCUCUUCGUGGGUCCCGACGCCCCGUCGCGUCCAGUACCAGAAGCUGCGCCCGUGGUCACAGGCGUGCACCCUGACCUCGGUUUUCAGUCGGUGUUUCCCGAGGCCCCGCGCAGCCAAUGCUGGGGUGCGGACCGGGGACUGCCACCGACAACAGUCUCAGCCCCGCACAGCCGUUCCCACCGCAACGGCAGCCUGCUUGCUAUAGCCACGUGCCUGCUGCUCAUCGACGCCGCUGGAAGGCUGUACGACGGGCUCACCGACUUCAAGAAAGUCGUCCUACCAGCUGGCCAUCUGACAACCAGGUUUGAGUGA